AUGAUGUUGAUACAUGGCCCAGGGCGUAUUUUCUUUCUGUGUUCCUCGCUCCUUAUGACAUCAGAGUGUUCCGAGAGCCUACUUCCAGGCUUUUCUCAAAUUCAAUAUGGCCACCGACUGGACGGGAGCAUGGUCAAUUCGUUCCCAGAAUUCAGUUUUAUUGACUGUGUUAUAGAAUGUUUGGUAACACCGCGAUGCAUUUCAGUCAAUUACUGCACUGGAGCAAAGUUCUGUGAAAUCAAUUACGGUGACAAAGUUGCACCUGGAACUAAGUUUUUGGAUAUUUCUGGAUGGAUUUACAGUGACAUGACGCAAUGGCCUAAAGAGCUUGCUGGGGCGUGUGGAAGUUCAAGCUGCAACAUGAACGAGACGUGUAAACACAAAAGAUACACCGAAGACAAAACUGUUGAUUGUGUUCUUUCAGAUUGCGGGAUACCAGUAAAAAGGGGACUAGAUCUGAGUGAAGCAGAACGUGAGGACGCCAUUGGUAUACACAGAAGGAUACACGCCUCGUGUUCUGACGGAUACUUCCAGUUUGGUUCCGGACGACUGAUCUGUCAGUCAAACGGCGAAUGGAAAUACAACAUUCAUUGUGAAGAUAGAGAAUGGCUACAAUAUUCGAAUCAUAUUUAUUACCACUUCACGGAGGCGGUUUCUUGGGACACGGCAAAGGAAUAUUGUGAAACCUUAUAUGAUGCGUAUUUGGUGACAAUAGAUACAGCGCUUGAAAAUGAUUGGCUCGUAAAAACUUUUGUCGAACGAGACAUUGGGUCAAAAGAAACAUGCGACAGUCUUUUUAGUUGUGGCUCCCUCUGGACAGGUGGUACGGAUCAAGCAGAGGAGGGCAACUUUAUAUGGACCGGAAGUAACGCCACAGUUGAAUUUGUAAACUGGGCCCCAAACAAUCCAAACAAUAAUCGUGACAACGAACAUUGUAUUCGACUUCUAAUAGAUGGAACAUGGAGUGAUUACGUUUGCAGCGAUCAAUUAUCUUUUAUCUGUGAGAAAACGCUUGUCUUGAACAAGUAAGCAGAAGUAAAGCUAACACAAGUGACAGCAUUUAUCAAUAAGCCUUGAGAUAGCAAAUAAUCAUUUAUAAGUAGCUUCUGAAAUCAGACUGUCAAUAACAAUCACUUGCCAUGGGAAGUGCUUUGUAAGCUUCACCUAUUUACAGGGGCGUUAUUUGUCCUCUGGUAAAAUAUUCUCUUCGUACUAGUAACAUUUUUCUAUAGUUGUGGAAUUUAAUUUUCAAUUAGAUAGUUCUGGCGAUCUGUUAAUCUUAAAAUGUGAUAUGUACAAUCUUUCAGAAAGAUUAAAGACUACAUUCAAGCAUCUUUUAUUGCAAUAAUAUCUCAACAUUGAUGUCGCGUGCGCACAUAUAGAAUAUGGACACAAUGGAAAACAAAUCGUUAUAUGAUGUAUAUCUAUUUAGCUUGUAGUUCUGUCUAGAUUCUGAGCUGAUAUAUUUAAAUGUUAAUAUUGUCUCAUAUGUAUAUUGCUUACCAUUUUUUACAACGGUUUUAACGUUUUAAAUUUGAACUUACACUUCUCGAUAUCCCAUCAAUACUUGCAUGCAGGAAACUGUUAAGAUAUCUUAAUUUCAGAUUGAUAUGAUUUAUGUUCAUGUUAUUAUAUCGUUCACCUAUUGGAGAAUUAAAAAAAAAUAGUUUUUUUUUAUUAACUUAACUUGAGUAAAUAUAUACUGAGAAGAAAUGAAUACUUCUUGUCUUGAAAUACGCCUGACUUUAUUAUGAUUUUCAGAAAUAAGAUUAUUGCAUUGUUUUCAUAAAAUGAUAAUCUGUUCAUAUUUGUUCACAGUUUGAGUUUGUAUCUGAGAAUAAAAUAUACAAAGAAAAAAAAA